AUGUUGCAGUUAUCAAGUAUCCUGUGCGGACGUCUCCAUAAAGAAACUCAUACCAAGAGGCUUCAUCAAGCUUUACAAAAACAAUCGGUGAUCCGCAUUGGACCUAAUUGGUUGUCCUUCGGUGGCUCACAAGCAGCAAAAGAUAUCUACGGAUACACUUCGAAAUGUGUGAAAGCUGGCAUUUACGACAAAAUGGCCGAUGGCGGCGCCAACCUCAAUAACAUUAGCGACAACGCGUAUCACUCGGCGCGUCGCCGUAUGGUCGCAUCUUCUUAUGCGCCCAAGAACAUCGAGUAUUGGGAGCCCGGAGUCGCCGCUUCGGUCAUCGCCCUGAAAGAUGUGUUAGAUCAACGAUGCGCAAGGCCAAAAUCACAGGAGAUGAUUCAACCGGAGGAGCUGAAUUUUGAUGCCGUCAGAUGGAUUUAUUUGUUUUCUAUGGAGUGCCUCAUCAAGAUUGUUUUGAGUCGUGAUGUUUUCUUCGUCCGAAAUGGGACCGACCACAUAUACUUUAAGGACAAAAACGGCGACUCGCGAGCCAUACAAGCUUUACACAGCACACACGCAGGACAGCGUGCCGCAUGCACAAUUAUAUGGGAUAUGGACAGAUUUGGCUUUUGGCAGAAAGUCACCAAUCGUCUUUCGAAGUGGUACGCUGAUAAUUGGCAAGCGGGAGCGGACUUUCAUACAGUCAUGGAAGCACUUGCUAUCGAAAGAAUGGAACGACACGCGAACGGCGAGUAUCUUUAUGAUUUGUUCCAGCCGAUGAUAGAAGACGUGAAAGGAAACGAGGCUGACAUGACUAUGGGAGAUCGAAUUGCCGACGUUGAACAAGCCGUUGGCGCGGGCACGGAUGGACCAGCUGGUUCUAUCAUUAUGACUCUAUAUUACCUUCUUCGCAACCCGGACACCUUUCAUAAGCUUCGUACUGAGCUCGAUAGUGUUCUGUCUCCGACUGAUGCAGUUGCACCAUGGCACAAAAUCAAGAAUCUGCCUUAUCUGCACGCAUGCAUUGAUGAGUCUAUGCGUCUCUCACCUCCAGUGGCUACUGAUCUUAUCAGACGAACCCCUCCAGACAGAACGACUGUUAUCGGCGGCGAAGUCAUACCCCCUAGCACAAAUGUUUCCAUCUCAGCAUACACUGCUCAUAGAGAUCCAAUCGUGUUCAAGGAUCCUGAAGUUUUCGACCCAAGCCGCUGGAUGGCAAAGGGAACAGACCAGCUGAGAGAGAUGCUUGGGAUUUAUAUUCCAUUCAGCGCAGGCGUGCGUGGUUGUAUCGGCAGGAACGUCACUAUUCUGAUCCAGAGCGUAUGCAUCGCUAGUUUAGUCUAUCACUAUGAGUUUACGCUGCCUCAUAAGGAUUGGGAGAUAGAGUUGGAGGAGUAUUUCAAUGCAUGGCCAUUGAAGAUGCCUCUCAAAGUAUGGAGACGGGACGAAGACUCAUUUGUCAAGGCUUAG